AUGAUAUCUAAGAUAGGCAGUCCGGACUGUCGAUCUCAUGCACUUCCUGCACACCAGCAUGAACUCAGCCAGUUCGUCUCGCGGGAAGAUAGCAAUAUCGGACCCUACAGCUUCUUUUACUGGGAUCUAGUUUCCUCCUUCCUCGAGUUCAUCGUCGCAUUCGAAAACGAUGGCUCGGGGGCGGCUGCAGAGGACAGUCAUGAUGAAGCCGCGGAAGGCUCGAUAGAGGCCAGAUCUACAAGGCAACGACAGCCGCAUCCCCAGCACAAACCAAAACAAAAACCCCACGCUGCCAGUAAGCACCCCUUCGCCACCUGGCGCCGAAACAUGCAUGCGCUCUUCGACCACCUCCCCACCAUCGAAGCCCAUGUCCGCAGACGCGGGAGACGACGCGCCGAGAUGCGCGCUAAUGGAUACCAUCUGUCCGCAACCACCGGUCUGGGGGGCCAGUUCGAUGUUGUGGUCCCUUGUGAGAAUGUGGUGGGGUAUGACCAGAUCGGCUCGGAGGAGAUCCGCGAUGCGUGUCUGGGGAUGAUUUUUCGGGCCAUGUGUUGGCAUCGGUGUCAUUACAUGAGUCCGGAGGACGAGCCGUUUCGGUCUGAUUUUUAUGGCAACGUUCAACAGGUGGGCAUUGAAUAA